AUGGGAAAAGGAAGGUCCAAGAAAGUAUCAAAUGCUAAGAGUACCAGAUCAUCUACUCGUACCAGUUCUAGUCCAUAUGCUAGACCUAGACCCAGAAAUGCCACAAAUAAUAUUCAAGAUGAUAAUGGUGCCGAGGUGACAAGGCCUACUACAAGUACUGUUGUUAAUGGAAAUGAUAAUGUUAGUUAUGUAGAUACAGACACAGCAAAUAAUGUCAAUAAUGAAACACCAAUUUUACCCUUGGGGGCUCCAGGUAAUGUGUUUAUUGCUUCUAAUAUUGAGGGGCCUGUAAACUUUGAUUGUGGGCUUACUCCUUUAAUUGCUGCUGACGAUAGUCAGCAGAAUAGUGGAACUGUCAUUUCCACUGUUAUUAACACACCAGAUCCUGUUGAGAGUACACAUAGUAUUCUUGGAUACAAUGUACCCCUAUCAACAAGGCAAAAGAUAUGUCAGGGUGAAUAUGUGGAUUUAGCUCUUAUGCUAAGGACCACAACUAAGGAGCCUGAAAGACUCCUAUCCAUAAGUCACACUGGGGAGCUCAUUUCUAAAGAGAAGAUAUCAUCUAAGAUAUUAGAUAUAGAAAAGUGGACGGAUUAUCAUAUUUAUGAGUAUAUACAUUUCUGCACAUCCUUGUAA